GGAAUGCACAUUUCAGCCUUAACACCGCUCUGUGGAACGCCCAGAGUCCCGGAGCACCGGAGCCCAGCCACGACCGAGGGUCUGUUCCUGCCACGCCGCCCAGGCUGCAGGCCGGGGCCGGGCGGGGCCGGGCCCGGUGCCCGGCGGAGCGUUGCCGGGCGACGGCGGCCGCCCCGCAGCAUGGCCGGCCCCGGCCCGUGGCCGCCGGGCGCGGGAGGGUCGCGGUGGGCAGAGGAGGCUCUCGGUAUCGCGGCGGCAAGGAGGCGGCCUGCCCUCGCUGCCUUCUCCGCCUUCAGCUUCAUCCCGCCCAGACGGGAAGGGCCUCCGGAGCUCAGCUAUUUCAACCGGGCGGCCAAGACAGAACAUGUUUUCACCUAUGACACCAUUUUUAGAAUACCAGAAGGUUACAACAAGUAUCUUCCUCGCUGUGACAGAAAACACGCAAAAGGUCAUGGUCUCAACAUCAAUGAGGAGGAAAUGGCAAGACCUGUUCCUGUGUUGUCAUCUUCAGAGUAUGGGAAACGUGUAAACAAGCCCUUAGAGCAGCCGACCAAAGAACAUGCAAGGGCUAAUCACCUCCAUGCAGCAAUAUACGGGGAAAAGCGCAGCACUCGCUUAUUGGAAUAACCUCCAAGACUGGAUCCAUGUUAAAUCUCUUGCAUCUGUCAUUGCCAGCAACAUUUAUGUGAAAAAAAAAAACACAUCAAAAAGCAA